AUGAGGGCUGCUGGAGACAAGCGCUCAGCCGCUCAGAACUCGGAACUCGAUGCUGCUUUGAUGCCGUUGCUGGAACAAGAGACCUCCGAGCGAUCACCACCACCGCCUCCCCCUGUUCCUCCUCCACCACCUCCUCCUCCACCUCCAAGAAGUCAACCACCUCCUCCAAUGUACUUCCAAGGCCCCCAAGCUGUUCGCACACCUGUGUACAGCGGUGUGCCUAGGAUGGCGUCUGCCAUGCCUAUGCAGUUCCCCUGUCCCUACUGUGGAAACUACAUCCUCACGGUGACCACCCCGGUCCCGGGGGUCCUCACCUGGAUGUUGUGCACGAGCCUCUUCGUGUUUGGGUGUUUCCUGGGUUGCUGUCUCAUCCCCUUCUGCGUGGAGAGUCUCAUGGACGUGAAGCACACAUGCCCUAUAUGUGGGCACAAAAUCCUCCGUUACCGUCGCCUGUGA